CCAGCUUAGGGCUUUACACUGCGUCCGAUCGUGACCGCGCAGCACGUAUAUCUGUUGGUACAGUUCGCCUGUAUUUAAAGGACGUCGACAUCGAGAAUCGUGUUGGAAUCGAUGUAGAGGCUGCAAGACGGCACAUCCUGCAAAUCAGAUGGUCUGCAAACCCAGCAGAUUCUAUUGCCAGCACCAUUGGAUCACUUGUCCAAAAGCUAGAUGAGGUUGUUAAAGCUGCCGAUGACAUAAGUUCAAGGGUCCAUCCAUUCCUGAAUCUGGCGUGGCAAGCAACCUCUCUUUUAUAUAAGAUUGUGUCAAACCAAUUCAAGACGGAUAAAAAACUCGUCGACCUUGUUGACCACAUGCAACAAGCAUUUGGCUUCGCUCGUGAUGCACAAUCAUUAGGCGAUACUACUGAGAAGCUCAAGGAGGUUAUAUGUGAACUCCUGAAAUUAACUAUUGAGUUGUGUACCUUUGUGAAAGAAUACACUAAAAGCAGCUUUAUUGGUCGAACACUCAAGAUUAGUAGCGGGCCGAAGAUAAACGAUUACAAGGAGCGCUUGCUUCUUCUGAGGAACUCGAUGGACUCUGGUAUUGCCCUUCACGGCGCGCUCACGACGAGUCGUGUGUCUGUUAAGAUUGACAUCAUGGAACUGCAACAGCGACCUAAAAUCGUUUGAAGCAUUACUCGAGCCAAUGAGAUCAGACACGUCCGAAC